CAUUAUAAGAGGCUGAUAUUUGGCUCGUCCUCGGAACAGACUGAAACUCCAUGAAAAUCGAAGAAGAGAGAUGUCUCUUCUGUUCGAAGCGCCAUUGUCACGAAGAACCUCGAGUACCGAAGAGAGCGUAAAGGUGAUUGGUUCUCCGACAAAUCUCGUCGAGUUUCCACCCACGAAAGACCUCGAUAAUGGAGUCAUCAACGUGGUGUACACGCAGGCUAGCUGGUAACAACGCGACUUCUCGUCCGUCGACCACUAGCCACCCUGUAAACUUGUGUUCAUCGAGCAGCAGCAGCAACAGGAUCUUCGAAGCCGACACGAACCGCUGUCCGACUGACAUUAGCGCCGACGUAGGUCCAGUCACCUGUCACUGCCAUUGUCCGUCAACGAGGAGCAGCGCGGCAGAGUACGAGGGACCGUUUCGUUCUCUUUCCUCGUCGUUACGCUCGAACCAAAGCAGCAGCACCACCCUCUGCGACCUGUGCGAGCGUCUUCGAGGAGGAAGCUGGGACUAUCGGGCGUCGACGAAGGAGAGAAGCACGGUGGAAAGGUUCGUGCAAACUGGAAGAGGACACGGUGUUGUACAGGAGGUGGUGCGGCGCGGUGACCACGGCAUGACACUCUCCAGGAUGAAGGAGAGCGACAGGUUUGAACGAGCCGCCUCCUCUUUGAGCAGCUACGCUUCGAGCGUGGUGCGGUGGAGGCUGGAGACCAGGCAGAUGCAGACACUCGCCUGGACGAUUUUGUUCCUAUUGGUACUCGCGUUCCCCGCUCUCGCGGACAUGCAGAAGGGAGGGUCGAAAGGUUCCUCCAACGAAGACAGAGUGUGCCAAAGCAUAGACAUAAGAAACAGCGUGACUUUUUUCUCAAGACUGAAAGGAUGCCGAGUAAUCGAAGGCUAUCUACAAAUUUUGCUGAUCGACAAUGCUGAGCCGCAGGAGUACGCCAACAUCUCUUUCCCAGAGCUGAAAGAGAUCACUGGAUACCUGCUAUUCUACAGGGUAAAGGGGUUACGAAGCAUCGGUCGCCUGUUCCCCAACCUGACCGUGAUUCGAGGCCAUUCGUUGUUCAUCAACUACGCCCUGGUAGUGUUCGAGAUGAUGAACCUUCAGGAGAUCGGGCUGCGUAGCCUAACGACCAUUGUCAGGGGCUCGGUGAGAUUCGACAAGAAUCCUGCGCUAUGUUACGUCGAUACGAUCGACUGGGACCUGAUCGGCAAGGCUGGCAAGGGGGAGCACGUGAUCGCGGGGAAUAAUCCGAGGAACGGAUGCCCGGUGUGCGAGAAACGCUGUCCGAAAAGACUGACCAAGCCUGACGAGUACCUGUGCUGGAAUCAGCAACACUGCCAACGAAUCUGCAAGCAGGGCUGCGAGAAUAACGCCUGCGACGACGCGGGCAACUGCUGUCAUCCGUCCUGUCUAGGCACCUGCACAGGCCCGACAAUAGCAGACUGCGUGGUCUGCAAAGACGUGAUCACCAUGGACAACGAGUGCAGAGAUCGGUGUCCGAACGGUACCGUAGAGUUCAUGGAUCAUCGUUGCAUCAACGAGAGCAGGUGUCGUCAAAUGGAGAAACCCCGAGGUGUGUACAACGUGAAGAAUUACCCGUACAAACUGUUCAACGGGAGCUGCGUGAUCGAGUGUCCACCUGGUUACAUGGACGAGGAAUCGAACGGCACGGUGUCCUGCAAGAAAUGCGAGGGACCGUGCCAGAAGGAAUGCUCCGGAGCGAAAGUGGACAGUAUAGCCUCUGCUCAGAAGCUCCGCGGAUGCACUCACAUCACCGGCAGCUUGGAGAUUCAGAUCCGAGGCGGUAAGAACAUCGUGAAAGAGCUGGAAGUCAGUUUGAGCACGAUAGAGGAGAUCGACGGGUACUUGAAGAUCGUGCGCAGCUUUCCGCUGAUAUCGCUCAACUUCCUCAAGAAUCUACGCGUGAUCCGCGGCAACGACACCAACAACUCCGAGUACUCUCUGCACGUUCUCGACAAUCAGAAUCUUCAGGAGCUGUGGGACUGGAACAUGCACAAGAACAUCCAGAUUCUCUCGCAAAACGGCCCGGGGAAGAUCUUCUUCCAUCUGAAUCCCAAGCUCUGUCUGUACAAGAUCGAGCUGCUGCGAGAGAAGGUCGGUUUGCUGCCGUUCACGGACUACGACGUAGCGCCUAACAGCAACGGCGACAAGGUGGCGUGCAACGUGACAGAGUUGAAGACCAGAGUUGGUACGAAGUCGUCGGUAGGCGCGGUGAUCGAGUGGGAGCCCUUCAUCCAUCACGACGCUAGAUCGCUGCUGGGUUACGUGGUCUACUUCAUCGAGGCGCCUAACAAAAACGUCACGAUGUACGACGGCAGAGACGCGUGCGGCGGCGACGGAUGGAAAGUCGACGACGUGCCCGCGGCCACGAACAUGACUUCGAUGAAGGAGAAGAACGUGCAGUCGCACUACCUGUCCCAGCUGAAGCCGUACACGCAGUACGCUUAUUACGUGAAGACGCACACGAUUGCCACGGAGAGGUUCGGCGCGCAGAGCAAUCUGACGUAUUUCCGAACGAUGCCGGAUGCACCAAGUUUGCCAAGGUCCCUCAGCACCUGGAGUAACUCGAGCAGCGAGCUGAUCCUGUCCUGGCUGCCGCCGCUUCACAAGAACGGAAACCUUUCCAACUACAAGAUCGUCGGCCGAUUGGAGCGUGACGACCCUAAUUUCAUCGAUCAGAGAAACUACUGCGACGAACCCAUACUGUUGCCAGACACGAAGGCGAUCGCGUUGGCCGAGGAAGAAAGGAAGAGAAUAGAAGAGGAGAAAGAACUUAUGGCACCUGAGACUGUGACCUGCGAGUGUACCGAUAAAGAAACUGAUCAAUCUCUUCGCGAGAAGGAGGCGUCUAGUGCCAUUGCUUUUGAGGAUGCGGUGCAUAAUCAGGUGUACGUGAAGCGGAAGACGAGGAGGAAACGAGAAGCUAGCGAAGGGUCGUAUGGAUCGUCGCGGAAGACUAAGGCUUCGGAACGAGAUCAGCCUCUCGAGGACAAGAUCGAGAACGGCAGUUACGUGCAAUUCGAGAGAUGGAUACCCAGUACGAAUCAUUCGUUCGUUAUGAAGAAUCUUAGCCACUUUGGCGCGUACAACAUCGAGGUGCAAGCGUGCAGAGCGAAGGAAAACAACAACGACACGUUCCAGAAAUGCUCGACCAAGAGUAUGAGAACCUAUCGGACCUUGCCUAUGAAGAGUGCCGAUAAUAUUCCGCCUAAUACGUUUAACAUGACCAUAUCCGGCAAGAACAACAGUCUACCAAUGGUGAAGCUGCAAUGGGGCGAGCCAGCACACCCUAACGGUCUCAUAGUCACCUACCAGAUCGAAUACAAGAGGGUGGAUAUUCCAGACUACAAAGCAACGUUGGUGUGCAUCACCAGGCAAAACUUCACGAAAGCACGGAAUUCUUACUUCCUGAAGGAGCUUCCCUCCGGAAACUACUCGGUAAGGGUUCGAGCAACCAGUCUGGCAGGGAACGGCGAGUAUACUCAAGAGAAAUACUUCUACAUCGAGGAAAGGAACACUGUGAACGUAUUCUGGAUAGUGUUCUCCUUGGUACUAUGCGUGAUCCUCGCUAUCUUCGGUUUCGUCUCGUUCUACGUGGUGAAACGUAAGUUGAUGAAGGGCGUGCCUAACAGAACGUUGUUCGCCACGGUGAAUCCCGAUUAUGUGAGCACUCCGUACGUAUUGGACGAAUGGGAGGUGCCUAGGGAGAAUAUCGAGAUGUUGAGACCGCUUGGGAACGGCUCGUUCGGGCUUGUGUACGAGGGAAUUGCCAAGGAUAUCGUGAAGGGUAAACCGGAAGUGAGAUGUGCAGUGAAGACGGUGAACAAGGACGCCAAUGCUAGGGAGAGGAACGAGUUUCUUAACGAGGCAUCCAUGAUGAAGAGUUUCGACGCUCACCACGUGAUAAGGCUGUUAGGAGUGGUCAGCCGAGGUCAGCCAACGUUGGUGAUCAUGGAGCUGAUGGUGAACGGUGAUCUGAAAGAGUUCCUCAGGAGUCACAGACCUACAACGUCCGACAACAUGUCGCAUACGGCUCUAAAGUUGGACAGGAUACUACAAAUGGCGCUUCAGAUCGCCGAUGGAAUGGCCUAUCUCUCUAACAAGAAGUUCGUGCACAGAGAUCUAGCUGCUAGGAACUGUAUGAUCGCCGAGGAUCUGACGGUGAAGGUCGGAGACUUUGGAAUGACCAGAGACAUAUACGAGAGGGAUUACUAUCGAAAGGGAACCAAGGGUCUGUUACCGGUCAGAUGGAUGGCGCCGGAGAGCUUGAAGGAUGGUAUAUUCAGCAGCUCCUCCGACGUAUGGAGCUACGGAGUCGUGUUGUGGGAGAUGGUUACCUUCGCCUCGCAGCCUUACCAAGGAUCAUCCAACGACGAGGUUCUGCGGGAGGUAAUCAAGGGAAGAGUGAUGGAACCACCGGAAAAUUGUCCAGAAUUGUUCAGCGAGCUAAUGAAACGCACCUGGAACCACGAAGCGUCCAGAAGACCGACGUUCGUAGACAUCGUGUCUAUUUUAUUAGAGCACAGCGAUGUGGAGAACUUCCAGAAAGUUAGCUUCUAUCACAGCGUAGAGGGAGAGGAAGCUAGACGCCAGAACAAAACGAAUUCUUCACCUCAGACAGAACGGUAAGAGUUAAUCUCUGCUACGCUUCGUUAUUCACAACAUCUGGAAGAGGUAGAAGGCGAGGAGAACACCCCUCUGCGACAAGAUUUCGGCGAGAACUCGCAGGCAACCGUAAACAGCCACAACAUGAACUCCUCGAAAGCUCCUCUUCAGGCCAGCUUCGACGAAUUCGACGGCGUGGACGCGUUGAACAUCCCCUUCGUCGAGGAGAGCCAGAAGUCCGUGAAGAGUUCGAGCUUCAUCAGCGCGAACAGCGUUUCUCGAAACAAUCUGAGUCAGCUGUCGAUGAGCAACAGGUCUGGAAGCCCGAGGAAUCCUAGCAAACGAAGCUACCUGAACAGCCCGAACUCGUCCAAGCUGGCCACUUCGGACUACGAGAACGGUAGCCCUGAGAUUCGUACGGCAUUGAACAACGGAUACAUGGGCGGUACGACUACGUAGUGUUAACGCGUUCGCGGACCGCGUUUCCUCGCUGAUCAACUUCGACGAACUUGGGGAAGUGUCGAUCUGAUCGAGGAUGACGCGCGCAUUGACUAGUGAGGGAUGGAAAAUCUGUAUUUUUCAACGUGGAUCGGCGAACGCGCGGUUAGAUAUUUCGAAGCGGUCCGCGCUGGCAAAAAUGAUUAUUCGUUGACGAACGAGAGUGUCGAACCAGAGAGAUUUAACGAAUCUUCGAAAAAGGGCAGUGUAUUUGCUAUAAUUACACGUCCGGACCGUUUUUUCUUUCCAAUUCUUUCACUCGCGUGUUUUUUAUACAACACUGUACGGACGCGGUGCAUUUGAUGGAAUGUCAUCUUAGAACAGAGGAGCCGUUUCCUCGUUAGUUAAGUUGCACUUUUAAACUUUUAGACAAUUCGACGUCUCCCUAUUUAUCUUGAAAACUACCUAUGAGUUAUCUAUUUUCGACAACGUUUC